CGUUGGUGGGGAAGCUUUCAAGGUCGAAAUUAUUUGAGGGAGAAAGAUUUGACCUCGCUUUUUCUGAUCAUCUUCAAGUUUCUCUCCACCAUGGCGUUCACUGCAAAGAUGGUUCGCGGAGUUCCGAGCCUUGCUCGCCAACUGUCUACUAGUGCUCCAAGGAACACCAAGGUUGCGGUUCUCGGAGCGGCUGGAGGUAUUGGUCAGCCCCUGUCACUCUUGCUGAAAACUAGCUUCGUUGGCAUUCAGCAUCUGGCUUUGUAUGAUGUUGCUCAUGCUCCCGGUGUCACUGCUGACCUCAGCCAUAUCGAUACUUCUUGCAAGGUAACUAGCCAUCUCGGAGCUGACCAAUUGGCUGGCGCCCUUGAGGGAGCCAACAUUGUCGUUGUCCCCGCCGGCAUGCCGCGCAAGCCAGGCAUGUCUCGCGAUGACCUGUUCAACACAAACGCCUCCAUCGUCGCCACUCUGGCCAACGCCGCCAGCACGGUGUGCCCGAACGCCGUCCUCUGCCUGAUCACCAACCCGGUCAACUCUAUGGUCCCGCUGGCUGUUGACAUUUACCAACGCAAGAAUGUUUUCAACAAUCAGGUUUGUGGUGUCACCACUCUCGAUGUUGUUCGAUCCAACACUUUUAUUGGCGAGGCCAUUGGCCAGGCUCCCCAUGAGCUGGACAUUCCCGUCAUUGGUGGCCACUCCGGUGUAACUAUCUUGCCACUGUUGUCCUCCAUUGAGCACGGCCUGUCUGAUGAGAAGGUGAAGGAACUGACUGUACGCAUCCAGAAUGCCGGUACCGAGGUGGUGGAGGCCAAGGCUGGCGCUGGCUCUGCCACGCUCUCCAUGGCGUACGCUGGUGCUCGCUUCGUCAAGAACGUCACUCGCUCUAUCGACAGCUCGCCAGCCACGGUCCGGGCAUGCGGCUAUGCACCAAUGCCCUCUCAGAAUCAGUUUGGCAUGCCUUACUUUGCUCUGCCAUUGAUCUUGAGCCCUGGUCAGUUUGAGCUGCCCACCAAGGAUGUUGUCUUGAAUGAGUUUGAGAGCAAGCUUCUAGAAGAGGAAGUCAAGCCGCAGCUCAUCAAGGAUAUUGAGAAGGGCGUCCAGUUUGCAAAGCAAUACUUCGAUAAGAAGUAGGCAUCCCUUAUUUAUACUUAGUAGGUCACUGAAAUGAAAGUACACAAUGUUCUUUGUCCUUAGCUCUUCUUUUAGUUUUCCUCAAUAGACAGCCUCGUUGGUUUUUGGUCUCACACAGGCUUGUAGAACAAUUCAAUGCCUGGAACUAGGUCAUCUUUCUUUCCGUCUCUCUUUCUCUCUCUCUUUCUCUUUCUCUCUGUUUUUGAUGUUUUUAAAGAAUGCCUACUUGCUGCACAGGGGGAACCCAUAUCUGCUGCCCGUAAUCAUGUUUGCUGCACAUCCAGUGCUGCAUUGCUGGCCACACGCUUCGUUUAUCCUCCAACCUCCAAUGCUUUCCUGGAGUUCUAUCUAAUUCCAAGUCUACUUUCAGCCGACUAA